CCUUUUCACCGGUGUGCUCCUGCACGCGGGAUUUCCGGUCCUCCUAUCUCGCGAGAUCUUCCCAGCGGCGUUGGACGGCUGAAGCAGCUGCAGGGGAGUCCCGGCCCGGAGUUUGGCCGGCUGUUCUUGCGUUUCGGCCUGUCCCGCAGGCGCUGGUCCAGAGCCAUGGAGUAUAUGACAGACUCCGUUGAUCGCAGCCCGGGACACAUCUUAUGCUGUGAGUGUGGUGUCCCAAUUAGCCCAAAUCCUGCCAAUAUUUGUGUGGCCUGUUUGCGAAGUAAAGUUGACAUCAGCCAAGGUAUUCCAAAGCAGGUCUCCAUUUCUUUCUGCAAGCAAUGUCAAAGAUAUUUUCAGCCACCAGCAUCAUGGGUACAGUGUGCUUUAGAAUCCAGGGAACUUCUUGCUUUGUGUUUGAAAAAAAUUAAAGCACCUCUGAGUAAGGUUCGGCUUGUUGAUGCAAGCUUUGUUUGGACUGAGCCCCAUUCGAAGAGGCUUAAAGUUAAAUUGACAAUUCAGAAAGAGGUGAUGAAUGGUGCUAUCCUUCAGCAAGUGUUUGUGGUGGAUUAUGUCGUUCAGUCCCAGAUGUGUGGGGAUUGCCAUAGAGUAGAAGCUAAGGAUUUCUGGAAGGCUGUGAUUCAAGUCAGGCAGAAGACUCUGCACAAGAAAACAUUCUACUAUCUGGAGCAGUUGAUUCUGAAAUACGGGAUGCAUCAGAAUACCCUGCGCAUCAAGGAGAUCCAUGAUGGUCUGGAUUUCUAUUAUUCUUCAAAACAACAUGCUCAGAAGAUGGUCGAGUUUCUUCAGGGUACAGUUCCCUGUAGGUACAAAGCAUCACAGAGAUUGAUCUCCCAGGAUAUCCAUAGUAACACAUACAAUUAUAAGAGUACUUUUUCUGUGGAAAUUGUUCCAAUAUGCAAGGAUAAUGUUGUGUGUUUGUCACCAAAACUGGCACAGAGCCUUGGAAAUAUGAGCCAGAUAUGUAUUUGUAUUCGAGUAACCAGUGCUGUCCAUCUCAUAGACCCGAACACUCUACAAGUUGCGGAUAUUGAUGGAAACACUUUCUGGAGUCACCCUUUCAAUAGUUUAUGCCACCCUAAGCAGCUUGAAGAGUUUAUUGUGAUAGAAUGCAGCAUAGUUCGAGAUCUGAAACGAAGUGCAGGGGCUGGGGUGAUUUCAAAAAAGCACACCCUUGGGGAAGUCUGGAUCCAGAAGACAUCUGAAAUGAAUACAGAUAAACAGUAUUUUUGUCGGACUCACUUGGGACAUCUUUUAAAUCCUGGAGACCUGGUGUUGGGAUUUGAUUUGGCCAACUGUAAUUUAAAUGAUGAGCAUGUCAACAAAAUGAACUCAGAUAGAAUUCCAGACGUGGUGUUAAUUAAGAAGAGCUAUGACCGUACCAAACGCCAGCGCCGUAGAAACUGGAAACUGAAAGAGCUUGCAAGAGACAGAGAAGACAUGGAUACAGAUGAUGAAAGGCAAUAUCAAGAUUUCCUUGAAGAUCUUGAGGAAGAUGAGGCAAUUAGGAAGAAUGUCAACAUUUAUAGAGAUUCAACCAUUCCUGUGGAAAGUGACACAGAUGAUGAAGGAGCACCUCGAGUUAGCCUGGCUGAGAUGCUUGAAGACCUUCAUAUUUCCCAAGAUGCCACUGGUGAAGAAGGUGCAUCAAUGAUGUCAUGAUGAGUCGUGUUACGUGCUGUUUGCAUGUCUGUCACCUCAGGAAGUCGGCAAAAUAGCCUUUAUUUAUACAUGCAUAGUACUACAUGUAUUCCCUUAUAUUUUCAGGGGAGGAAUUUGGUCUUAGACUUGAAUACAUUACUAUUUUGAUUGUUUAUAUAAAGUAUUGAAAAGGUUUCAUAAUUUGAUUGAUAUAUAAUAAGAGAUUAAAUGGAAUGUAAUUGUUAUUGAUAUUUAGGUCAUUUUAUGUAUGCAGUGUUACCAGUUUGAGUUUUACUAUAGGGGCACUGUUGUAUUAUUGCUACUAUAGUGCUGGAUUCAGAUGACUAAAAGUUAGGAUUCUGUGGAUAUUAACGAAAUAUUGGAGUUUAAACCAACCUCUUACAUUUGUUUUAUAUUAAUUGUCUUUGAACAUAUAAAAAUACAUAUGAAUCACUUGAUGUAAA